CGCGAGUCCAAUCAGAGAAAGGAAUACAAAUGUUUGCUUUUUCUGCCGGCAGCCUAAUAGUUCAGACAUACAACCCCUCCACCCCCGCGCUUAUUUCUCAUGCGCGACACUGUCUCUCUAUGUUACACACAAAGAUUAGACACCAGAAAUACUCCAAAGCAUAAUAACCAUGGCUCAUAACCCAACAUACUUCCUCGCCCCCAAUUUCUUCUUCAAACCAGGAACAGGCCCAAUCGCGCUGGGCAACAUCAUCGCUGACCCGCUACGGCCACACCGUGCGCUCACAACCAUCGAUGCCACCACGCUGGAGAAGACAUAUCCACGCAUUGAAACAAUCACCAAUUAUGAAUAUAGCUCUACUCGAAGCAAGAGUCAUGACAUGUCGAUGAGCAUCUGGGCACAAUUCCUCGACACUGUGACCGCAAAGGUGUCAGGCGAACGAGGUAAUAGCAUGCAAACAACAUAUAACAUGGAUGCGCUAGAGACUCGGUAUUUUGUCGAUGAUCCUACACUUGAGGAAGUUGAAGCUCGUCUUGCGGUUCCUCGCGUGCGGGCUGUUAUGAAGGCUAGCAGUAUACCGGGCUUCAGACAACCAGUGUAUAUGAUUACCGGAUUGAUGAUCGCGAAAGGAUUUUCUGCAUCGCAGGAAAAGGGCAAGCAUCGGUCCGGUGAGGUGGACGUUGGAGGAAGUGCUCCUACGCCCACUGGUCAGGCAGGAGUGGGGGCCAAUGUGACACGGUCUAGCAGCGCCGAGGAAAGUGAUGGAUGGAAGGCCGGCGAAGAUAUAGUCUUCGCUUACCAGCUUCUCAAGAUCGAGGUGAAGGGGUGGAAGGGGAAAAGGAUCGAGUACGAUGAGCUGAGUCACGAGGCGGCAUAUCUCGGCAAGGACGAUGAUGAUGAGGAAGAGGAAGAUGAGGAUGAAAGUCUAGGAGAGGUCACAGUCAACAUAGCAGACGCGCAUAAUCUGCCCACUUCACGGAGCACAGGUGGAUUUACAACGGUGGAGCUGGAAGAGGGAGAUCGGACGUUCACAUGCAUCUCAGCUGUCGAUAUAUAAAUCGAUAUGUAAUAUUAUAGUCGGCUCUAUAUACACCAAGAUAUACCCAAUUAUCAAAUAUCAAAUAGUGCUGCCACAAAAAUGGCCCAUCGCACGUCAUCUGGUUUGCCCAU